UAAUGCAGCCAUCGGCUUGUCUGCUUGUCAGCUUGGCCUCCACCAUCUUCGCGCAGAGCUGCCACGUCGGCCAGAAAUACUGCGGCGACUGGCUGAUGGAAGUGCACAAUUACUCUGAAGCCACGCUCUGGGACGCCGUGGAACUGAACCCGAGCGUGCCUGCUCCUCUCCGCGAUCGGAUCCAAGACGGCCUGUUCCAGUGUGACACGACGCGCGGAGAGGUCAAGUAUGUCGAGUAUUGUUGGAAUCAUUGCCAGGAGAUUGGGAGGGAUGGGUGGAGUGAUUCGUGUCGGCCUCCGGAUAAGAAGUAGUCGGGGAUUUCUGUGGUAAUGGAUUUGGAAGACUAUCUUAUAUGUCUGGUUAUUACUAUGGAUAUUCAAUUUCGUCAUGAUUGAACGGU